UAAUCAAGUUCUCAACAUCACCUUUGGCUUUCAGGCCACGCUCGAGCGGGCCUCGGAGCACUCUAUGAACAAGUCGCGUCCUGAGCAGUGCUACCGAUGCGCAUAGCAAGUAAACAAUUGCUGUAAUGCUGACGGUGCUGAAAUGCUCCGUCCAAUUGGAGGGUGCCAUCGGCAUCGCCACGGUUUGGGCGAAUGGGCGCCUCACGACGCUGCUUUCGAACGACCAAGGCCAGCUCUUCGAGCUCAUGGGCACAACAUCACAUCAGGGCCUGGAACUGGCGCCGCCGAUGGCACUGGUGGCCGGCCCCAGCACCCGCCACCGGCACUCGCUGCUGUACGCAGCCACCAACGGCUUUUACGGAGCGGCGUUUGAUGAGUUCAGCCUGUGCCUGUGGGUGGUUGACAACUGCGCCCUGCUGCGAGUGGAGAUGGGCGGUGGCGAGGGAGGCGGCCCACACGCCGGCACAACCACCAUACAUGCAGUGGCGGGACACGUGGACGAGGAGGCAGUGCGGGACGGCGCGGGCGCCGCGGCCAGGUUUGAUCACCCCAACUUCCUGGCAUGUGACGGUCACGGCCGCGUCUUCGUGGAGGCGGGAACCAGCAUCCGGCUGGUACGGCAGCCGCCGUCUUGGCGGGCGUACGGCAGCGGUGGCGGUUACGGUUACGGCGGUUUUGAUCACUACGGCAUGGCGGGCGGCGCCACUGGCAGCGGAUGGGGGGCGGCGGCGGACUCUCGUCGGGCGUCAGGGGCUGCGUCCGCGGAUCCCGGGUCGGCAGCAGCCGCGGCAGGGGCCGCCGGAGGUGGCGGGGCGGGAGCAGCAGCGGGAGCAGGAGCGGCGGGGAGAGGUGAGGACGACGGUGCGGAUCCGAAUCUGGAUCCAGAGAUGGAGGAAGUGCUGGUGAGCACACUGCCGUUCGAGGCGCCCAGCACCAUCAAGGGGUUGGCGUAUGUGUGUCAGGCGGGAGGCGGCGGUCCGGCCGGUGGCGGUGGCGGUGCUGGUGCCGGGGGCGGGGGCGGUGGCGGGGGCGGUGGUGGCGCGGCGGGUGGGCCGCUGGGGUGGCAGCAUGCGAACGGCCUCGGUGGCGGGGGUGCGCAUGAGCGCAGAGCCAGCCUGGACGCCGUGGCGGGGGCAGCGGCGGCGGGGGCGGCGGCAGCGGGAGGCACGCCGCCGUACCACCAGCGCGGCGGUCAGCAGCGGCAGCAGCCCCAGCCGCAGCAGGCGUCGCUGGUGUUUGCCACGCGCACGGCUCUCUACCGGCUGCCGCUCCCAGACAGUCUCACGGGCGAGCUCAAUGUGGCUAUGGCAGGGAGAGGUGGCGGCGGGGCUGGCGGCGGUGGCGGCGGCGGGGCUGUUGGUGUCCGUGGCGACGGAGCCGGCGCGGCUGCAGCGGCGGCGGUGGCUGUGGUGGACGGCGACGGUGCCGGAGGCGGAGGCGGCGAGGCAGCACCAGCCCUGCCCCUACCCAUACUCCUGUUCCAGCGGCUCGCUCCGUUGCCGCCGCAGCAGCAGCAGCCGCAGCAACGAUGGGGGCUGGGGGCGGUGCUGCUGGCUGGGCACGAACACGAGCAAGGGGCGGUGGACGGCCCCGGCAGCGCCGCGCGCUUCCACGACAUAUGGGGCAUUGCGGCGGACGCGGCCGGCAACAUUUACAUCGUGGACCGAGACGAGGACGCUGGCAGUUCCGCCGUGCGUGUUUACAAUCCGCGCGAGGGGCUCGUGAGCACGUUGGUGGUUGGGUUGGAUGGGAGGCAUGGCCGGCCCGCGAUCCUGCCCAACGGAUAUCUGGCGCUUUGCGGCGGUGAGAUGGUGCAGGUGUUGGAUCUAGGGAUAGCGCCGCCGCGGCCGCGAUCGGCGGGCGCCGAGGGCGGCGAGCGCGGCGGCGGCGGCUACGGGCGGGCGGGAGGAGGCGGGUGGGGUGGGCACCUGCAGCCGCCGCCGCGCAGCCUGCCCGCUGACCUGGGUGCGCUGCUGGAUGCGCAGCCCGACGGCACCGCAGACCUCACCAUCCGCGUGGGCGAGCGGCGCUUCCACUGCCACCGCGCCAUCCUGUCCGCGCGCUGCGACUACUUCAAGCAGCGCCUCGCGGACGGCGCGUUCGCAGAUGCAGCCGCGUCGGAGCUGGAGCUGCCGGACGCGGACGCGGAUGCCUUCGCGCUGCUGCUGCGCUGGCUGUACACGGGCGGCGCCGACGUGCCGUCGGACCAGGCGCGCGGCGUGGCAGAGCUGGCGGACCGGCUGCUGCUGCCGGAGCUGUGCGCGGCGGCGCAGGCCGUGGUGGCGGCGUCGGUGACCGCGGGCACUGUGGUGGACUGCCUGCUGUGGGCGUGGGGUUGCUGUGAGUCGCGGGGGCCUGGCGGCUUCGGCCAGCUCCUGGGGGACCUUAAGGGCUGGUACCUGGAGCAUCAUGAUGAGGUGUUGCGGGUUGCUGACGCCUCCCUGGAGCGGCUGAGUGCGGAGAGCCCGCGGCUGAUGGUGGAGCUGAUGAGAGGCCUGUCCCGCAGCGCCAAGCGGGCGCGACUGACGCGAUGAAGCUGGAAACGGCGGGAAUGCAAAUGCACGCCGUGCGUGUGCGGGUGGUUGGGGCUGGCAGUGGGUGGCGUUGGGGUGCGGUGGGACGACCGUGCAAAGCCAUGGGUAGCCGUGGGUAGCGUGGGGAGUAGUAAGUAGCAGGGUUGUAGGGCGCGUCGUAGGUUGCUGGGGAGGACGGGCACCGGACGGGUUUAGAGGGCAGGCAAUGUUUGUCUGACUCCGGAUUGUGCGUGUAUGAAUGCGACGGCAUAAAGAAGGUAUCACGUGCACUGUACGGUUGGGUUGCAGGAUGUUGCUGUGGCUGACUGGAUCCAAGUUGGGCCGGAGCAAUGCUGAGCUGUCGCUCGUCGGGAAUGAUGCAUGUGCUGAAGUACGGAGAAGUGCGACUCACGCUAAGUACGGGCGAGGAGAGCUGUUGGAGGCAUUGGCUGCGUCAGGAAGCAGGGUGCACCAUGCAUGAUAUGCACUGGCAGCUUCCAGCUUGCGUGCGGCUGUAUAGGCCCUCACAAGGACUGCGGGCUGAUAGCUCUUGCGUCAAUGGCAAAAGGAAAGGCUGGCUCAAUCAGGGAGGAAGAUUGUUCUGGUGCCGACCCCCGCAAGGCGUGUGAAAGCAGGUAGGGGAGGGCCGGAGGGGGCGACCGGGCGGGGCGGUUGUGUGGACUGAGCUGGCACCCCAGCGCAGAGAGAGCACCCGGGAGCACCUCCCCAGCUCCGACUCUGCAAGGUCGCGCAUGAGGGCGGGGCGACUCGGUGUUAUACCCAACUGUUAUAUGUGCACUAUGCGAAGCGUGUGCUGAGCUUAUAUCGAUGGAGG